ACACAAUAAAAUAAUUUGCUUUAAUAGGAUUUCCUAGAGGCGGGAAGGUUGGCAUCCCUGUGGCGAUGACAACAAAGCUUGACAAGUGGCGGUGUUAAAGGUGCGUGUGAGGGCGGCUGCUGCUGGCGAGGCUCGGGUGUGCCGCGCGGGGCCGGGCUCUCGCAUUACCUGGCCAGUGUCGAGUUACGGACAGCAAGAGAUCACCUGACGGACGGAGUGAGUGGGCUGCCUUCUUCCUCCCCUGUGUCUAGCCUCCCGGCAUCUUGGCAGAAGUGUGUGAGCCAGACGCAAGAGGCCUUAGUGGAGUUGCUGGCAUCAUUACAAUGAUACGUCACAGUAGCCUCCAUGUGCAAGCCUUGGAUCAGUCAUCACACCAAACACUUCAUUAACUCCUUUAAGGUGAGGCCAGAGGUAUGAAGGAAUGAUGAGUGACCAAAGGCUGCAGGAGGCCUGGUCCUGCUUUGCUCAGACUGAGCCAGGACAUGUGGUGGAGCGUCGAAACCACCUCAAUGAUUUCCUGGGUCUCCUGUUGUCCUCCUCAAGGGGUGAGGCUCCUCUUUCUAACCUCCUACACUUCAGUGACCUGAGCAGUGUGGUGAGUCUGUUGGGUGGACAGUUUUUGGCAGACAUUGAGCACAUAUGCCUGGGAUCAGUGAGCUAUGACAGUGAUACUUCCUCUAGUGCCACCUCACGUUCUGUUGGGUCCAUUGUCAGUGAUGCAUCCCGGGCUAGUGAUGGCUCAAGGGGCUGCAGGCCACGAGUCACUAACAAAACUGCUGCCAGCCGGAGUCACUGCUUCACCUUUCCCUCUCAUCUCCCUCAUCUUGUUCAGGAACACCUAUUACCAGAUUCAGACCACAAUUUUGAGACUCAAGAGCAAUUACCAGAGGUACAGCCAACCUCAGACAAGGAUAGCUCAAAGGCAUUUUUCAGAUGCAACAGUCAUAAGGCACAGUGCAAUUAUGAUCCCUAUGACUCUGAAUCUGUUCUUCUAGAUCAACAUCCACUAAAUUACUCAAGGAGGGUCAGUCCAGAAGGUGAACUAACUGAAAUUACAGGUCAUAGAUCAGUCUUUUCUGAGGCUCUGAGUAGGCAGACCAAGGGUGCAAGUGAAAGUGUGCAUAGCCCAAACAGCACACCAACUGAGAAUGGCAAAUUCUCUGAUGAAGACCAUGAAAAGGAAGGCAAGGAAACCAAUACUAUUUGUGACUCUCCAUGCAGUGAGGGUAUGGCCAGUCAUCCCCAAGACAACAGUAAUCAAAACUAUGAAAUAAUAUGUGAAGGAAACUCAACUUUGCAAAACAAAUCCAGUGCAUCAGAAAAAGAAAGCAAUGAUGGCACUGAAGCAGACAGAAAAACAUUCCAGUUAGUUGAGUGUGACAACCAAGGAGGGGAAGUGCCACAGGUAUUACAGUCCCCCAAGACACAGGUUGAGGAGAGCCAAGAGGAGAGUAACAGUGGGAAUGAUUCUGGACAGGGAAAAGAGGCCCAAAAUGCAGCUGCUCUAACUCUCUACCUUCAGAAGGGCUGUGGCGCAAAGAUCCUAGUAGCCCUUGACCAACUUGGUGUAGCGGGCUUGACUGGAGGGAGGGAAAUCAGUCAUGUUCUGGCUUUCAUAUUUACAUUUAUGUUAAAAAACUCCUUGCUUGAUGAUGCACCCAAGAGAAAUCCAGCAAGAAGUGAUCGAGAGCCUGAAGUACCACCACUACUCAAUGGAAAGAAACAUGAUGAUGCCCCUGAUGCAGCAAAAAGUAUCAAUAAGGAUUCCACUCUGUUUAGAUUUAUUCCAUCCACCAAUUUGAGCCUUGAGGAUAUAUUUGCCCCUGUCAUACAUUCAACAAACUCUCGCAGCAACUCUGGUGGUAGGAGCAGUAGUUUCUCAACUCCCCAUCCUUGGAUACAAACUUCAGUGUCAAAAAGUAGCAGUCUUUCUAGCUUCCAAAGCCUUAAAAAGGUGGGGAAGAAGAGAAGGAAAAAGUACUCUACAUCUGUCCCAUACGAACAGUCAGACUCUGAAGGAGAGGAUAAUCCCAGGCGUAGUCGGCUAGGUAAAGCUCUUGUCAAAUUCACUAUGAACCCCAAUGACUUUGAUUACUUCACUCGUGUUGUCUACAGUGAUGAUGAAAGGCAACCUGACCCUGACUCUAGUGGAAGUGUUAUCUCACCUAAGAACAAGAUUCUCCCAAGUGAGAGCCUUCCUUCUUUAUCCUUAGUUGAACUCCUGCAGUGCAUCAUAUCCAUACAGAUACAGCUGGCAAUGUAUGAGGCAGAACAGAAGCAUCUCUCCUCACCCUUACUGGCAACUCAUGAUAUAUUGCAGUUUUCCCUUGACACUUUCACCUCUAUGGUGUCCGAACUGAAGCAUAAGAGAGAAAAAUCCCAAGACUUGCAACUACUGCUCACAUGGAUGUUAAAGCUUGUGUUCUCAUCCAUACAAAGAUUUUUGAAGUCAAGUGAAAUGCUGCACAAUGUGACUGAAUUUGGAAUUAUUCCAAAACUUUUGAAAUUAGUGUGUUCUUUACUAGAUCAUAAAGUUGACUCUGAUGCAAGCAAUUCUGUUCAUAAGGACUGUACUGAAAUUAAAAAAGAUUCUGGCAGUUACGAGUAUGAUGCAGGUAAAGAAGGUCUGGCUCUGGAUAUCAUCACUGGCCUCCUCUUUCUGCUUCAAAGCUGUACUUGCCUUAAACUAGAAUGGAAGGAAGUACUAGAGUGUCUGCACCUUCAUAUUGCAUUUCUUCAAAAUAAUGGUGCAGAAAUAAUUAAGAAAAUUGUAUUACAUAGCGAGUCAUUGUCUUUAAACAAACAAGCUGAGAUUCUGGACUCUAUCAGUCACUUAGUUAUGUACAUGAAGUACUGGAGGGAAGAUAUCUAUCAUUCAGAAAAGUGUGACAAAAAGAGUCACAGGUUUUGUGAGUACCAAACUGUACAGAAUCACCAUUCUCAAGUUUUUGGGAUAAAUGCAGAUAACAUCAAAACAAUUCAUCCUGGAAGGUGCAUGAUAUCAAAUUUUUGUGAUAUUUUACUUGACUGCUUUGCUGGCAGCAAAGAGGCUGAGCUUUCAGCCGUUGCAAUAAAAGCAUUAUCUAGGUGUGGCUUAUGCUGCUGUAUGAGUUCAAAGGCUGUACUGGGCAAACUUCUUGAAGGUCUUCCAGAGCAAUUAACACAUGUUGUUACUUUUGUGACUUUUUUUAUUGAAAAUAUUGUUUGGCGUGACCUGAGUGGCUUGGCAGUUACAGAGCCAGUCAAGUGUUGCUUCUGCCAAAAGCUGAAGUCAGAGACUGGGAGUAAUUUAAUGUCUAAUGACUACACUUCAGAUGAGUCAUUCAUGACAAAUUUUAUUACCAAAGGCAAAAGUCCUUAUCAUCAAUUUCAGGCACGUGAAGGAGAGAGUGUAGAGAGAAACACUCAUUCUGCUGUGUUUUGGGAAGGUCUUGCUGUUUAUAGAAAACUUCUCUCCAGUGCAGAGAUUACUUCCAAGGUAAUAAAUCACAUAGUGAGACUCGUCUGUCAGAGCAACACAGAUGUAAAGCUUGCUAUAUGUGAACACUUGGUUAUUCCUGUGAUAAAGGGGAUAUGUAAUGACAGUGUAGCAAACUACAUUACCAGACAAGGUAAUGAAAAAGAAACUUUAGCAAGUCUCAUUAAAUGUCUUCGACUAACAUUAAUGGAGUCAGAUGAUGCAAAACUGAUGGAAUUUCUUAAUAGUUAUGGUCCUGGACUUAUUGCUAACUGCAAGGAAAUUCAAGGCCUAAGGCAUGAAACUUUCCUUCUCUUGUGCAAUACAGUUAAGAAGGAACUGAAAUUGAAGCCAAGCUUACUAGUCAUGGGGGAGAUGGAUGAGGAAAAUGAAAUGGUCUUUGCCAAGCUGUUUGAAUGGGAGAUCAUUGAACAAGAUGAAUUCUGGUCUGCCUACUUUGGCAUGAAGGCUGAGGAGGUUCGCCAGAAGUUCUUCAUACGCACACACCAGAGCAUGGACAAUAGUGAGGAACACUGUAAUGUGGUUGAGAGUGAUGAGACUACACCUAGACAUGACAGUGAAGAAGUGGAUUCCAAUGUGAUUGUAGCUGAUGGUUGUAAUAUUGAAUGUGAUCCAAGUGAAGACUUCAAACAUUAUACUAAGGGUAACAGAAUGCUAACAGACAGCAUAGAGCUUGGAGUGAGUGUCAUUGGUCAUUUAGAAGAGACAGAAAAAGAUGCUCUCGAGAGACAAAGGGCAAGGAAGAUAGAGAAUGCAGAAUCUGAAGAAAGUUCCAAGGACUACCCAAGUACAUGUCCCACAGAUAAAUAUUAUGAAGAUGCUGACCAUUGCCAUGAGUUGGCUGUCAGUCACGAGGAAGACAAGCAGUCAGAUGAUGUAUUCAAAGCAGAAGGUUAUGAUGUAGAUAUAAAUGCAGAAAGCAUCAAUAAUGAACCUGAAGCAGAACAGUGGGUUGGCAGUGAAGUGUUAGUUAAGGAAAGUGGCCAACUUGAAUAUGAGGAAAGUGUAACCCUCGAAGGACCUGCCAAUGGAAGUUCUUCUGCCAGUGAGUCUUUUCCUUCUGACCAGGUGAAUGAGGCAGCAAUUUACAGUGGUCCCAGUAGACAUUCUACACCCAAAAGGAAGUGUGAGGCAGCUGAGAGUGUGGGGAAGCUGAAACACCAGACACCUAGGCUUACAGAGUCUCCUACUGUUGCUCCUGAACAUCCAGAAGAAGGUUGGAAGGUAGAUGCAGAUACCCUUGCUGAUAAAUAUAUUGGGCUAAGUGAGUUGUGGCAAGCUGUGACAGAAGUUCUGCAAGCAAGCUCUGAGUUCCAGGUGUUUUUGGCUGGGUCUGCUGUGCGCUCUCUCGCAGCCCCCAUGCUGGUCAACAUCACUCAGGACUUAGCACGCUCCUCCUCAGGUGCAUUGGGCAUGUCCAGCAUUGUGGUUGGGCAACUGGCAGUGACCUUCUCCCUCAUGCAGUCCCUCCUCACCUUCAUCAUUGUGACGUACCCCUAUGCAGGCCUGCAUGUGGAGACACUCUUAAAUGAACUGAGAUCACCUCUACUGCGCUACUCCCCUAACACCUGUGGGGAUGUUAAGCACCUGGUUUCUGUAAUGCUUCAGUGCUGUAUCCUCCCUCGCUCUCCCAGCCUCACUUACACACUACCACAGCCUUCACAGCACACAGAUAUGCUGGAGGAGGAUCCAGGACCAACAGGGGAUGGGGUGGAUGGCCAGGCAGCAGAAACAGAUGGCUAUGAAGCAGAUACAGAGCAGUUGGCCAACGCCUCACCCUCAUCCUCCAGGUUUUUGAAUGAAGAUGAUGACCUUGAGUGUCCAGAGCUUGUUCUAUUGGCACUGGACCUGAUCAUUAAUCACCAUGAAAAGUACCUGGAAUCUCAGGAGGAGGCACGGCAGGAGGCAGCAGCAGUAGCAGCUGCAGAAGUCAUAGCUCAUGAGGAGGAUCAGCCUCAUGUCAGGGACCAGCAUGAAUACAAUGCCCAAGCAGAAGGGACCAAUGCAGAGUGUGUGGACCACCAUCACUACUUUGAGGAUCAGCCUGAAGCAGAUAGAUGGACUUUGAGCUGCCCUGACAGCAGAAAACAUUCCAAUAGUGUUAAGGAUUCAUCAGGAAGCCAGAGACCCCACAAUAAUGACAAGGAAGCAGCAACCACAGACCAGGAGCAUCACCUGGCAGCAGGAAGCAACAAGAAAAAUGAUACUGCAAAUCGGAUCAAAGGCAGAAGAAAGUCUCAAGCUCAAAAUAGUUGUGCAGGGGAUAGUGUUUCAUCUGCCUCCUCCAUCUAUCACACCCUAAACUCAGAUGAAGAAGCAUCUAGUUUAGGGGAGCAAACUUCAGACUGGGAGGAACAAGGGUGGCGACCAGACUGCAGUCUAGACGAGAGCAAGGAGACAGUAAUCAGCAAGAGGUCAUUGCAUAACUCUGUACCUGAAGGCAUGCAGAACAAUAAGCCUCAAAGGGAAGACAGAACUGGGGCCUUGCAACACCUAGAGUCCAGUAUGGGAUUGAGAUCAGUCCCCUCCCCUGGGGUUGGUCUUUGUUGUGAGAGUGAAGUAGUGCACAGUGCCUCUAUCACCCAGUGUGUCCAUGCCCUCCUUCUCCUCUGUCGCUCCUCUGCCACCAUCUGCCGUCGCCUCCAUUCACUAGGACUCCUGUCAAGACUCUUGGAUGGGUUCAAUGACCUCAUCUGUGCCAAUGACUGCAAUUACAAGGAUGUGGUGGGGACUGUGGUGGGUGUGUGGGCAGAAGUAGGGCGGUGGUGCCUUGCCCCCACUGAGCUGUCGCAAUUUUUCACACUUUUCAAAUCAUCCUCAGCACCUCUUGAAAUCCUGCUGCGAGCAUUGUCCAAGGUGUUGGAAGGCAGUGGUCAUGAACCUCAGUGUGCCCUGCAGUACCCAUGCCACAUCAUCACCACCUCCUCUGCCUCACCCACCUUCACAGCUUCUCACAACUCCCUCUCGGAGAGCCUUGCCUCCUUCGUCAACAUCCGGGCACCUGCCUCCCCUGUGGUGGAGGCUGUCACACGCCUUCAUGAAAGUCACUGUAGACAUGGGUUGCUGUCAUCCAUCUCUGUCUGUUGUGUGGCAUGUCCAGUCCCACGCUCCCUUGACUGGUCCCCUUACAAUUCUGGCCUGGCAUGUACCACUUGGCUCUGUGUACGGGACAGAUCUGGAAUGGAGGCAAAGCAACAGUACUCAUCACAGACCAGUUUAGUGACAAGCUGCAGAUCUGAGUCUUUCUUUGACCCAGGGAUGGCAAGAUGCAGCUUCUCUCGUGGUGCCACAUCUAAUGCUUCUGUGAGCAGUGAUCUAAACCCCAACAAGCUCCAUGUCCUGUCUGUUGGGACACAGCACCUCAUGUUUUCACUCUGGGUGGAUCCCAGCAAAGACAUCCUGCAAGUGUGUGUGUCACGCGAGGUGGACCGUGAGAGCUCCCAGCUGAGCCAGGGCAUGGUGGUAAGGGCUGGGUUGUGUGAUGGGGCCUGGCACCACCUGGCACUUUGUAUACCCACCAUCAAUGUGAGGAGAGGCGGCAACCUCAAGGUGACCAUCUAUGUUGACUCCUUGACAUGUCACUUAGUGAGUGUCAUAGUACCAGCUGUGGGUUCCAUCAAGAAGAGUUCACCCUCAUAUCUCUUGCUGGGGCAUACUGAUUUCUUCUGUGAGGAAGCACAGUCAUGUCAUGUUAUUGAUGACUUUGAGGCUCAUGGACUUAUCAAGCCAAGGAGAGACAGUCUACCUACCAGUCACCACCACCAACUCCUCAUGGGCAACACCUUCCUCUUCCGUGAACCCAUCCUGAGCCGGGAGCUUUGCUUGUAUCUGAUUGCCCUUGGGAAGGACAUCACCAGUCUCAUACCUCUCACAGACAAAGAUGAGAGAGUGGUUAUGGCUUCUGUCAUCACUCCAAAGCUUCUGUCAGCAGGUGUGGACCUUUCUGUUCUAUAUGGACACAUGGAGUCAGUGGUGAGGCUGGCACAGGAGACCCUCAUGGUGUUGCAUACAACACAGUGCCCCUCUGAGUACCUCUGCUAUAAGCCUCACAUCCCAUCACUCCAAGACACAGGUAACCACUACCCAUUGUGCAGCAGUCAGCCAGUAGUGUUGUUUGGGGAGGUGACACCUCUGCAGCAUCGUGGCCCAGACUUGGCACUCUUGCACAUGGGAGGCAUCAUACACAUUAUUUUCCUGUUUGCCCGAAUGGUGGAGCUGAAGAGUGAUGAGCGUGAGCAGGCGGCAGUGCUAUGCCUGCUCACUCACUGCAUACAUUCCUCGCCACAGCUGGCUGCUCAGUUUGAGGGCUUGAGAGGCAGCUCCCUUGUGUUCCGCAUCUUGCGUUCACCUUUCUCAUGUCCUGGUGUGCAGGUGAUGAAGGCACUAGUUGAUGGGUGCACAUCACCAAGUGUUGUUCAGUACAUGGCUUGCCGGGAUGUUUACACAGUAAGCAACCAUGUCCCAGCGCUUCUAACUGACCGUGCCCUCAUCUGUGCUCUCCUUACCAACUGGCGGACUUUUCUUGACAACUUCUCAAAGGACCAAACAACCAAAUAUUGUGUGAAUGAAAAGGGAGAAAGGAUUACUGUUAUUGGCAUCAUUCUCUCAGUCCUGAAGGCCCUGUUGGCUGAAAACCAGCCAUAUAGAGACUUUAAUGUAGCUCAGCUCAGGGACAUUGAUGCUCUUGACAAGAUCCUCUUCAUGUGUAAGGAAUUGGAGCUGACAACAGGUUCCUUGGACAGCAUCUGCUCAGCUGACCUGAUAGUAGCAGUGGUGACAGGCCUUCUGGGGGCAUCAUCACCUCCCCCAUGGAGGAAUGUCUCAUCUGUGGCAGGCCUCGGACUUACCACACAGGAAUCUUUCUCAUCUGGAUUCUCCUCAAGGACAUCAGGCUUCACUUCCUAUGGUCUUGGAUCUCCAUCUGUGAGGGUGAGGGAUGUGGCAGCUGUGUAUGGGUUCCUGCUGCUGGUCCACCCGGCACACCUCACCUAUGCUGCCACUGAACGCCACACAGCCUAUUACCUUCCCCACAUUCCUGUGAAUCUCACCUCCAAAAGACACAGUUCCUCUGUGGCUGUGGGUGUGGACUUGGCAGCUGAACUCAUAGAUAGACCAGAAAAAAUUCACACCCUCCAACAGUUUCAGGCUGGUGACUGGCAGGUCAUAGAGAAUAGUGACCCACUAUUGCAACUAAAAAGAAUCAGGCAGCAGCAGCAAGCAGAAAUCAGGAAGCUCAGAAGGGAAGGAUCAAUAGCCAGGAGUGCCUAUUACACCUCAGAGGACGAGGACAGCUCAGGGGAAGGCCAGAGCACCAAUGCUGCCCUAAAGGACUCACCAUUCAGCAGUAUAGAUGAAGUGGAUAGCACACAAUUGCAACGACAGGCAGUCACUUCACUGGGCAAGCCUCCAUGUAAGACAGAGCACAUCAAAAGGAGUCUCAGUAGAAAUGGCAGAGGCACCCCAGAGAACCAAUCUGCUACAGAAGAUGAUGCAACAGAAAUUAAUAAUGAGACUAUCAAGGAAGACAAUGAGCAGUCUUUAGAAGCUGAACAAACAGAUGACAGUGAUGCAUUGCCUAGGACAACAAAGUGGGUGGAUGACACAGGAGAGACAGAAGAGGAUGACAGUGGGGAUGACGAGGAGAGUUCCAGCACUGCCAACCUCUCAUGCCUGACCCGGGUGGUGGUGGGUCUUUUGGAAAUGCUAGAGGAAGUGCUGCGGUGUGCCUCAGACACCACAGCCCGCACACUGCUUGCUGAGGCCCUGCACAUGGAUCAGACACUCAUCAUGGCCAACCACCCACACCCUGUCAUCCGACGGGCUGUCCUUAAGCUGUUCACCACCAUGAUGGACAGAUGUUCACCUGAGGACAGUGUUCUACACCUACGCCAAAAUGCCCCUCUCAUCAUGGGUCAGCAGCUGCACAAACACACUGCCUCCAUCACCUCCCACCUUGUGACAGCAGCAUUUUCUCUUGCUUUGGAUCGAUCCUUCACCUUUGAAGAUUAUGCUGUUGACUCUGACCCCACACUUGCUCUCCCACACAAGGUGGUCUUGUUUGUUCCCCUCUUGGCUCUGCUGCCCAACUCAGCCCAAGACAUUGCUCUGUGUCACAACACACUCAUGGUUCUUCUGGACUUACUACAUAAGAACACAGAGCUCAUCAUCCCACUGAUUCACAAGGCAUAUUUUGUGGACUCCCUGCUAUGCACAUUGAAGAGCUGCUUGCACACUGAGGGUGUCGGGUGAGCUUGACUGGUGAGUGAGUGUGAGGUGGUGGUGUCUGACAUAACUGAGAUACUCUCCUGGAUUGUCAACUGUCUUGUUGCCUCAACACAGCACAAGAACUUUUUGCUGAGCCUAGAGGUUCUGCACCACCUGAACCUGUUAUGCCGGGGAGAAUCGGCAGUAUGUGGGGGCCAAGCCAGCUGUGUUGGCCACCUGCAGGGCACAGAGGCAGCCCUACUGCAGGUUGCAUUGUCUCGCAUCCAAGCCACAGCUUCCACCCACCAGCACACCCUCACUUGUGAUGCUGCAAGUGCUUCUGGCCCAUUCAAGUUGGAAAAGACAAGUGUGACAGGAUCUAGCAGCCUUCAUAACAUUAAAAUAGAUUCUCCUGGCACGCCUAGGGAAGAGAGUGACUCUGGGGUUGGCUCAGUACUGGCUAACUACACCACUAUACCCUUCACCAAGAGCCUGCACAACAUCUCUGACCAGCUCUUCCUGAGCCAGAGCCGCAGUUCCCCGGCAUUGGGCUCUGAGGGCUCCAGGAAGGAUGACAAGGUGUUGGCCCACUCAGAACUAGUUGACAGAUUCAAAGUGCUCAUACAAAAAGCAACAGACUUCUUGUUCAUGUCAGCUUGGUCAUCAGUGGAGUCUGUGGCAUGUGCCUUGCCGUCUGCCUCAGCCUCUGAGACCUUCAGCCUCUUCCUACUAGAUUUGUUGCUGUCUGCUGCUGCUACCAUCACCCAGCGCAAAGGUAACAGUGAGCGGUGUGGGUGGGAGCGUGUGCUGUGGGGCUGCCAAGACAUCUUGCGCCUACACCUCAACCACCUCUUGGCCCUCAUCACCUCCCCACGCACCCACCUGCAGACUCGUGUGAGGGCAGCACAAGCACUUUCCAGGCACCCUCGACUUCAUCCUAUCAUCAACUGCACUUCUAAGGCAAACCCUCAGCUGAUGUACAAGGUCGGAAUCUUUAUACAUGAGCUGCGCUACCAGAAUGAGAGUCGCUUAGAUGCUGCUGCCACCCGCAGCUGUGAGACACUCCUACAGGCGCUGGAGGAGUGCUCAGUGCAAGUCCUUCCCCCUCCCGAGCAUUUCCCACCACAUGGAGCCAUGAGGGAAUGGAGUGUUGUGAGUGAAGAGAAGAAACAGUGGCAGGAUGAAUCUGCCAAAAUUGCAAUCCUAGUUGUUGAUCGGUGCAAACAGGAUGAGAGACUCAUGACUAAGAACACUCAAGCAUAUGAGGCAGUGGCUCAGGAGUGCAGCCGCCUGACCCGCAGUGUGGUGGACCGGCAGAAUGUGGAGCGCAAGUUGGUGUUGGGUGGCAUUAAACAUGCACAGUGCCGUCAUGUCCACCUCACACACCGCUGGAGGGACCUUGUGGAGACUCUAACCCAUGAGCGUGCCACCUGGCACUUCUCACAUUCUUACCCAAGAUCAUGGCAACUAGACCAGACGGAGGGGCCGCUCAGGAUUCGAAAGAGGCUUUCCCGCGGCCGCCUCCACAUCAGCUCCCGGUACCUAAUGCCUGAGUACCGUCAGAAGAUUGAGGUUGAGAGUCAGCCAUCCCCACUGGAGACUGUCCUUCAGGGGUCAGCAACAGAGGCCCAGAUGGCAGUGAUGAUUGAGCGGCUUAAUGCAAGUGAGCGCAUCAUCCACAUGAGCAGUGCCUCAGUGGUGUCACCAGGCAUGGAGCAGUGUGGCGAGAUCUUGGUCAGUCGCACUGCCAUGUACUUUGUUGGCGAAAAGGUCACCAUUGAUAUGAACCAGAGUGGCACCAGUAGUGAAGUGGUGUCUGUCACAUGGCCAUUGGAUACUGUGAGGGAGAUACAUAUCCGCCGCUACCAACUUCAGGACUGUGCACUGGAGCUUUUCCUCACUAGUGGUCAUUCAGUGCUUCUAGCCUUCACUGACACUCAGCACCGCAAUCAGAUUAUUAGUGUACUGAGUAUGUCAGACAUGCCCAGCCUGCUGAGCAAAGCCACUCUUCCUGAAGUCACGACCCGCUGGCGUGAUGGACACAUGACCAACUUCGAAUACCUAACUCAACUAAACAAGCUGGCAGGCCGGUCCUUCAAUGACCUCAUGCAGUACCCAGUGUUUCCUUUUGUCCUGUGUAACUACACUGCUGACAUUCUCAGCUUAAAUGACCCUUCUAGCUUCAGGAAUCUCAAGAAACCAAUUGCAGUGCAGCAUCAAGCAAAGGAGCAACACUACAUCAACAACUAUGAG